GUCGUCAGUAGCACCUGUGACGGCCGGUGGUGGUGGUUGGAGUGGCUCGCUCGGAGUGCCCGCAGCGCGGAGAGAGACCCAGUGAGGUGCCCGGUGCCCUGUGGCGGUCAGGUCAGAGCGGAGGUGACCCUGCCCGGGGAUGGCGGGCGCUGUGGUGCAGCCGCCCGCCAGCGGCCAGCCGGUCGGCCUCAAGUCGGCGCUGAAGAAGGGCAGCACGCGCAGGAAGCGUCAGGUGGUUAUUGACGAGGCGCGUAACACCUACUGCGAGGCGACCACAUACUAUGAGGACGUGCCUCUGCCCCGGCGCCGGGACCUGGCGCUGAAGAAGGCUGCCCAGCAGAAGGCGGCCGUCGAUGCGACGUCGACGGCGAUGAUGACGGCACUGAUGCCGCCCACGGAGCCGCAGAGCACAGCAGCCCUGAACGGUCGCCGUGAUGACGAGACCACGCAGAGGACCUCGGCGGACACAGCGCCACCAGCGGAUGGCGAGGGAACUACUGGUUCGGACUCUGACCAGAAGAGGGUGCCGUCGCCGCAGACGCUGGUCACCGCCCUGCUGACUGAUAGUCUGAAGGCGCUAACGACUUCGGGACCGAGGGAGGACAACCAUCAGUUCUGGCGACACAAUCUGCCCGAUCUGGUGACAGAGAGUGUGGAAGGGGAUAGUGGCAGGAGCGAUGACUCGCCUACUAAGCCACCUGAGCCGAGAAGCUCCCCUCCGGCCGAAGACGGCACGGCAGAGGAGACGGCUCACACGUUCCGCGUCAUCAAAGAAGAUGGCUCGAGUACGGACUCGGAAAAUAGCAGUCCGGAGCAGGGAAGACGGUCGGGGCCUGCCGCGCCGGUGGCGACAUCUGUACCGGCGAACAAGGGGCUGACCGUGUCCGUCUCCGAGCCCGUCUCUCCGAAAUUCAGCGAGAUCGUGCUCGAGAGGCCGAUUUCCGUGCUGAUCAACGACAACGAGACUGACUCUGAUGCAGUCGACUCUCCUAGAAAACCAUCGAAACCGAACCCGCAAGCAACAACGAACGACCGAGUCUCUGGACUUCAAAUCUCGGCAGACAGUUUCGUCAAGUCUCCUCUGGGCCUUCUGAACACCAGCGGUAACUCCGUAUCGGACCCCUCGGAGCCCGGGUCUCCCUCGAGCGACACGGAUCUCUCCGCUCUGUCCCACUCCUCGGACCGUUUCUGGAAGCUGUCCUCCAGCACCCGCUCCGACUUCCCGGCGAGUCCCGCCACCUCGUCCGGCUCCUCUGCCAGCUCGUCCCCGCCCGCCUGGGACCGCUCCCCCAGCGGCAGCCCUCCUCGGCGCUCCCCUCCCUCCGUCGGACCCCCGGAGCCGUCCCCGGGAGUGCAGCGCGACUCCCCGUCCCCGCCCGACUCCCCUGCCCCGGUCUCCGGGGACGACGGGUACUCUCUGGAUGAUAUCGAGGAUGCACUGAGGGAUGAACCUCCUUCACCGGUGGUGAAAGCUGCGCCGAUUAGCACGGGGCCGCCCAAUGGAGCGGCUCAGACAAGUGGACCAGCGCCUAGCAAUGGACCAGCGCCUCUCAGCGGACCAACACCGCUCAGCGGACCAGCGCUGACCGCUGUUCAGGAGGAGCCCCGAGCCCGGGAGGAGCAGCCUGCGCGUCAGGAGGAGCGGGCUUCCUCCAAGGUAGGCUGUCCUGAGGAGGAGCUGGCUGGGUUUGUGGAGGGACAGGCGGCCCGAACCGAGCGGCUGCGCCGGCGGUACGCGGCGGCAGAGGACGGGGGUUUCAUCCGGCGACCGUCUGUAAGAGGAGUGGUGAUUCAGCAGCCGCCGACCGGUCACUACCAUCAGCAGCAGGAGCAGAUAAACCGACAGCAGUUCCAGCAACAGCAGCAGCUCCAGCAGCAACUCCAGCAGCAGCAGCAGCAGCAGCAGCCGGCGUACUGGCAGCGGCCGGACCAGCUUCAGCCCCAGCAGAGGCCGCAGCAGCCCCUCCCGCCCAGCUCCCAGCACUCUCAGUUGCACCGUCAGCACUCUGCUCCCCUCCAGCCUCGGCCCGCUCAGCCGGUACAGAUGGCGCCCCAGUCGGGCAGCCACCUGCGGCAGCAGUCAGCGCCGCACCUACCGCGAGCUGAUCCCGCGCCUCACCACCAGAGGACAGCACCGGCGCAGGGCGAGUACCCGCAGCGGCACGAGCAGAUGUAUGUGACCGUGAGGCCGGCCGAUAUGCAGUCUGAGAGGCUGGCACAGGGACAGCCUCCGAGGCAGAUGGCGCCACCGCAGCAGGGCAGGCAAUACCAGCCGGCACCGCCACAGAUGCAGCAGUAUUCAGCACAGAUCAUGCAGCAGCAGCCGGUGCCAAUGCAGCAGCGGUCAGCUCCGGUUCAGCAGUAUCCAGGGCCGAUGCCGCAGCAGCAGUCAGGUCAGGGUCGGCCUCAAGAUCCGGGACAGCUACGAUCCGCUCAAAUUCCCGUCAUGCAUGCGUACCAGACAGCUGUGCCUAACCACAACCAGUCUUCAAUGCCGACCCAGUCGAGGUCAGGCUUCCAAAAUCCAGCGACACAGCUUCCGCCACCACAUCAUCAGCAGCAGUACCAGCAUCCUCAACAACAUCCUCAGCAGCCUUCUCAGCAUCCUCAAUAUCAGCCCCAGCACCCUCAGCAGCAGCACCCUCCGCCGCCUCAGCAGUCUCAGCAGUCCCAGCAGCAGCAGCCGCGGCCUCUGCCGAUGGGUCAGACCCGCCAGCAGCAGCUGGAGCAGAUCCGGCGGCUGCAGGACGCUCACAUGGUUCGGGUGCCCGCCGUCACCGUCGGGUUCCCAGACGAGAGCAGUCGGCGUCAGGUGUCCCACUGGAACGCUCCGGCAUGGUUGCCGAGCGGCGGCGGGGGCGGAGCGCGGGGCAGCCGGGAGCGGGAGAGUUUCCGCACCAGUCGGCAGCGGAGCGCCUCCCAGCAGCGACUGGAGGCGGUCGGCAGGCCCGCCUCGCUGGCCCUGCCGCGCGCCUACGAGUGGCCGCAGGACCGCGCCGCGCCUCCCCCGCCCCCGCCGCAGCCGCCGCAGCCGCCGGCGCGCUUCUGUGAGCCCUCAGUCACGGCGCCGCCCGCGGCGGCGGGGGCGGGGGCGGUCACCCUGCCACGCCGGCUCGCCGCCCAGCCGGAGGUCACGGGCUCUCUGCCGCGACACCAGAGACUCGGCAGUAACCUCUCGCAGGCCUCGGUGACGGGCUGGCCGGCGGAGGGUGGCACCGACCCUCGGAUCAGCGGCCCCCAGCCGGCCUACCCGCCGUCCUCCUACCAACACCAUGGCGGCUGGCCCGCCCAGCCGGCGCCCCCGGGUGCCGCGCGGUGGUACGAGCCGUCUGCCGCGCAGCAGAUGACCUCAGUGACCUCGCGCGGCGCCGGGCCGUCGGCGCGCCCCCUCGCCCGGCCGGCGGAACCUCUGUACGUGCAGAGACUCCAGCCGUCGGUGUACGGGGACGACCUGCACGAAAUGUCGGCAGAUGAACAUGAUGUGUGAUGGUAUGGUGAUGGUGUGUGAUGUGACUAUGUGUGAUGUAGUGAGCCGAAAAAGUUGUGGUCCGAAGUCUGGGUGAUGAUGGAACUGGCCUCAGCGCUGGUCGCUGCAGAAACAUUGGUGAACAUUUGGGAAUCAAGCCGAAUUGAAAUCGAAUCAAACGUGCGGGGCUGAUUUGUGUGAAGAACAGAUUAUCGUUGAUUUGUAUGACGUGAUGAGCGCUUACCAGUCAGCCGUUUUAUGCCGUGACGUGUGAUCGCGAGAUGUCACAUUUUAGGUUUAGAGACAAGCGGCUUAGGACCACGUCAGUCGGCUGAGCUGUGCUCUCUCGACAUUUGCCGCACCGUUUGAUGUAGAAGUCGCGAGUAGUCGUGUGUGCCGCCCCGUGUCCUGCUGAGCGAGGUACAAACCGCGACCGGGGCACUCCGGCGCGUCGCCCGUCAGGAAUGGAAUGUGUCUGUAGCUCCCACCGAGUCGGUAUCGACCCGACCAGCUGUGAUCGAGUCUGUCGAAUUGAAUUGAAAUAGGGCGCCGUCAGGAACUGUGACAAGAUGUCGAUCGAUCGAGCAGCUGUGUCGGUUCAGUUGUGUCGGUUAUCAAAGAUGAACAGAGCGCUGCUAAAUGUGCGUGAUUUAUUCAACUGCUCAGCAAGUCAGUAUUCGUUAGUGUGACCUGUGCCAGUUCCUGAUGAUAAAAUGGCAGCUCUAUGAUCGUAGAUAUCACGCGAUUAGCUCUGUAAUAUAGUGCAAAUGGAACAAUAGAGUAGAUAAUUGAUUGAGGUGAGGUGUAUCCAAACUGAGCCUUUUUCAAACCGCUCCACAUUAAUUGUUCGUUCUUGCCUCGUGGUGUACAAUGUGCGUGCCUAUUGCCCUAUACGAAUUGAGCCUAGCACAUGAAAUGACCAUUUAUGUUGUAUAUUGAGCAACAAAUACAUGCCUUUGCACACCCGCAA